AUGAAAUCUUUCCAAUUGCUUACUGCUAUGCUCAUCGGUCCUAGUGUUGUCACUGCAUGGUUAUGUAAUUGCCGUAAUUUCAACAAACCCGAAAUUAGAGUCGCAGGCCAACUGUGUAAUAUCAAGAGCAAUAGUUUCUGCUACAAUGCAAAAGAGAACUUGAACGCAUGCAUCGUUGAUAAACCAUUCACGGACGAAAUGUGUGCCGGCGCCUAUCCUGUGUUGAUAGGCGGUCGAAAAAAACCUAACUAUAAUUUCGUGGCGCAAUGCGAACAUUGGAUUGGCAGUUGUCCCCCACCAACGUAG